CACACGAUAGGUGGUUAUACGUUGUGGUUAAGUCUCUAAGUCUCGCAGAUCUACACUGAAAAUCUGGGUGAGACUCAAAGAUGAAAACCCCCUGCCACUUGAUCAGCAAGACUCACUGUUAAAGGAGAGGUGUGAUUACACUGACUAUCACGAAACAGCGCUCCGGGAUCAUCAGAGAAGAAUGACAAACGCUAGAGGAAUUCAAAUGAUUCUCCCAGUCGUCUUCAACUUUGUCUUCAUUUUGAAGAUCAGCAUAUCUGAAAAUGUAACUUCCGAUGAUGACUAUUACUCUGAUUUUGAUGAACAUGACAAUUCAACCACGGUCGAUUACGGCAAAUUUGAGUAUCAGUGUCAGAAAGGGGGUGUCCGGAUCUUCAGGGGUUGGUUCCUGCCUGUCAUCUACGCCCUCAUCUGCUUUGUGGGGCUCCUGGGGAACCUGCUAGUGAUGCUCACCUACAUCUACUUCAAGAGGCUCAAAACCAUGACGGACGUCUACCUGUUGAACCUGGCCGCUGCUGACAUCUUGUUUCUCCUGACCCUCCCCUUCUGGGCCACCAGUUUCUCCCGAGGCUGGGUCUUUGGUCUGGUCGCCUGCAAGAUGGUCUACUACAUCUACAAGGUCAGCUUCUUCAGCGGCAUGCUCCUGCUCAUGUGCAUCAGCGCCGAUCGCUACUUCGCCAUCGCCUGGGCCACCUCUGCCCACCGCCACCGCUCCAGGGCUGUCUACUUCAGCAAGAUCUCCUGCGUCUGCCUCUGGAGCCUGGCCCUCAUCUUCUCCCUGCCCGACCUGGUGUACAGCAAGUUACUGGAGGAUGGCAACCUCACCCUCACCUGCGUGGCCAUUUCAGAGGACUCCAUUCACCUGAAGGUGAAGCUGCAAUCAGGGCAGCUGGUGGCUGGCUUCCUCCUGCCUUUGCUGGUGAUGUUCUUCUGCUAUUUCGUCAUCAUUCAGACCCUGCUCCAGGCUCGCAGCUUCGAGAAGAACAAGGCCAUCAAGGUGGUCUUCGCCGUGGUCCUGGUCUUCAUCGCCUUCCAGCUCCCCUACAACUGGGUCAUGCUGAUGCGGACCAUCGCCCUGGUCAGGGGCAGCAACACAGACUGCCAGGCUGAGAAGCAGAUGGAUGUGGCUGAGGAUGUCACCAAGAGCCUGGCCCUGCUGCGCUGCUGCCUCAACCCUUUCCUGUAUGCCUUCAUCGGGGUCAAGUUCCGUAACGACCUCCUGAGGCUGCUCAAGGAGAUUGGCUGCAUGAGCCAGGAACAGUUCUUCAGGUACACUUCCUGUAAACAGAAGGGGAGCUCCUUUGCCAUGGAAACAACAGAAACCACCACCACUUUCUCCCCGUGAGGGGGUUUCAGGAAAACAAGCUGCCUCCCCCUCCCCCUCCAAACAAACAAACAAACAAGCUUGAUGAAAUGCAGGAAGUGUUUACACAGCAAAGGAGGUAGAAGAUGGAAGUUUGGGCAUACAAGUGACAGACAAGAAUAAAUAAAUAUUUUUAAUAUGGAAGUUGUUUCAAUGUAGAUAGAUAG